GCUUUUGAAGUGACUUUCGGAAUAAGUUGUUGCUCUUCCUUCAGUUCGAUUGCAACUAUACACUAGCCUAGAAGUGAAGCAAGAUUGUUCGUAGAAUAUUUGUGAUAAAUAUAGAUUCUGGAUAUCAAACUGUUAUAGCGCCCGUUUGCUGAAGAAUUAAUAUAAUAAGUGUUGAGUUAAUGCAAGACGAAUAUAAAAGAUACCUGAUAUAAAAAUCGUUAUUAACGAGUGAAGCGUGCCGAAGGAAUAUUUAAAAAUGUGGUGGUGUCAAGGAGGAAUGUUUCCCUACGCUGCUCUUCAUGAAGCAUGCCUUCGGCAAAGCCUCGAAUCUGUGAAAAAUGUAGUGCAUUCGGGCAAAUUUAAUAUUGAUUGCGAGAAUAGACGUGGAAAUUCUGCUUUGGGUGUUCUUGCGUUUGAACUAUUUACCCAUACCAUCCGUGCACGUAGAACGGAGGAGCUGAACCCCAAGUUCUUGGCGGAUGGGCUGGAAUAUGAAGAAAAAAUAAAAUUUCUCCUAAAAAGCGGUGCGAAUCCCAUGAAAAAUUGUGCUGGAGUUACCGUUGCUGAAAUUUUAUUCCGAGGAGAAAAUAAGAAUCUCAUCAAUAUGGUGUUAAGAUAUAUUCAAGAUAUUAACACUCCAUUGAAUAUUAUUGGGCAAACUCCACUCCAUUUCGCGAUCCGAAAAGGAUUUUAUAAGACAGCAAAAAACAUAUUGGCAAUGAAAGCUGAUAUCGAUCUGGACAGUUACUGUACCCUUAGCCCACUUCAUUGCGCUGUACUCUUUCAAAGACCUAAGUUCAUAAACCUAUUAAUCAAACAUGGAGUAGACAUGAACACGACAAAUGUUUUAGAAGAAACUCCAUUACAUAUAGCUUGUUACAGUUCAAGAGAGAGAGAUAUUAUUCAUAGAUUGUUACAACCCAACGUACACUUUGAAGAGAAAUACCUACAUUACGCAAUGGAAGACCAAUAUUUCUCCGAAUCCACUCGAAAAACAGUAGCAACUCCGGAAUUGGUUGAGUUCCUUCUGGAUAAAGGAUUUCAUCUGGAGAAAAAGGAUAUACGAGGGCUCACACCACUACAUCGGUGCAUCAGCAGGGAUAUUGAUACGUUGGCCCUGGUUUUUCUGCGGAAUGAUGCACAUUUGGAGAUUAGUACAAAUGCAGCAUCAGAAUUGAUGGAGUAUAUAUCGCAGAUUUCAACAGAAACUGGCGAAAUGAGCCGGAUUGUUCUAAAAUUUAUUGCGCUUCAAAUUUCCAAGGGCAUUCCUCUAAAUGAAACACUUGAACAAAGUUUGAACGAACUACAAGAAGCUAAGGAUUAUUUAAACAAAUGCAAUGAAGAAAUUGGCAAUCUCAAGUCUUAUAAAAUAGAGGACACAAACGUUACCUAUUGGAGACUUCUAGCUAAAAGUAUUAAAGCGAUUGCCCUGUGCGCUGAAAACGAAAUUAUAAUUCAACACAUGAAAUCUUUCGAAGUUGACUCUUUUCCCAUUUAUGGAGCUGAUCUAAAGUAUAAAUUUUCGAGAGGUAGAAAGAGGCAAAAAACGAUGGCUAGAUGUGGGGAAGCACUGUAUCGAAUGUGCAAUGGAAGAUUGCCGAUACUUUUUGUCAAUAUGGUAAUAGAUCGGCUUUCUGUAGCGGACAUGGAGAAUGUGCAUAUUGCAGGCCAAUAUAUUUAGGAGGAGUAUUGAUCCUUAUAUUGAUUCAUUCAUGUGAAACUGUAGAGACUAACGUCUGUUGUGAAUACAAACGCUAAAGAAAUAAAGAUGUACAGGCUGGGCAAUAUUCGUUGUCUACUGAGGGUAUCUCGAGAACUAUAACAGCUAGAAGAAAACGGCCUCUAGAAUGUAAUAAUAAUUUUCGACUACUAGUUGAAAUAAGCGAGUAAUUUGACAUCAUUAAAAAUGGCAAUUUCUCAACUUUUGUUCAUAACUCAAACUCUAGAAAUGAUAGGUCGGUUCUGUUUUCAGAUGUGGAUUAGUCAGGGAAAAAGAGAAUUUGUCAUUUGUUUUUUUCUGGCUGCUACAGUUCUCGGGAUUCCUUCAGUGGACAACGAAUUUUGCCCACCCUGUACACUAGUGUAAAAAAACGAACCAAUUUUUGUAUAUGAAUUUAAAUAAUUAAGUAAUUAUUUUCCAUAUUUUCUCAGUAAAACUAUUUGAGUUGUCAUUCAUGUUUCGUAAUAUAUUG